AUGCCAAUCUGCAUCGAAUGCAGACAUCCUGUCAAGACGCUCUGGACUGCGUAUUCUGGCGCAGGAGACAAGGCCAGCGGACACAAUAUCCGACUCACUGUGUGCCGCAACUGUGGCCGCUUCUGCGACAAGUAUGUCGAACAUGACUUUGUUGUUCUUUUUAUCGACUUAGUCCUGAUCAAACCUCAGGUCUAUCGACAUUUGCUAUACAAUACCUUGAUGCGAGAUGAUGAUCGCUUAGAUCCUUCUGUUAUCCGUCUAGGCACUCUCCUACUUCUCUUUGAUGUAUACUUGACAUGGGCACGAUUGGAGAAGCAGAUGGUGCCUGAUGCCAUCCCAGGCGCAAGCAACUUGGGUAAACUUUCGCAACAACCCAUUGUAUUUCAAUACCUCUUCUUCCGUAAGAUGGCUCCCAAGACAGCUCUGAUCAUAAACUAA